AUGUCGUUGUCGCGCAGCCCAUCCCCAAGGCCGGGAGGCGGCUGGGCGAGUCCCGGUCUGAGCAGUCCCUAUGGGAGCGGUAGUGGUUCAUUGACGCCCCAAACGAGCUACCGGGGAAAUGGCAACAGCAAUUCGGUGACCUGGGAAUCUGCGAAAGCGAAAAGCGAAGGCCUCAAUGGAUACCCCUCGUUCUCCACCCAGAACAGCGGCUUCUUCAAUCGCCAUUACCGAAAGAUAUCGAGCAACCUACCGCGCUUCAAUCUGGGGUCCGAAAAGAGCUAUGCCGAGAAGGAGAAGCUAGGACGUGGGAGGUGGUCGCCCAGAGAUGGGAGCAAGCUGGCACGCAUAAAAAGUCUUAUAAGACGUGUCGGUCGCAAGAUGAAACUUCGCGUUGUCAUUGUCUUGGCCCUUUUUUUAAUGAUCAUUCUCUUCUACAUGACGCCUUUACAUUACUACUGGCGCAGGUCGAGACACCUAGGAGGCGGCCGGAAAUACGUAAUCAUCCUAGCAGCAAAUCAAGGGGGAGGUGUUAUGGAGUGGAAAGGACCUCGAGAGUGGGCGAUAGAGCGUGAUAGUGUACGAAAUAAGCGGAAGUAUGUGAACAGGUGGGGCUACGAUCUGGAAAUCGUGGAUAUGAGUACGAAGAAACGAUACGCGCACGAAUGGAGAGAGAGCUGGGAGAAGGUUGACACCAUCCGCAACUGCAUGAGGAAAUUCCCAGAUGCUGAAUGGUUUUGGUGGAUGGAUCUCAACACCUUCAUCAUGGAGCCUUCAUACUCCUUACAAACCCACAUCUUCAACAAUCUUGCCGGAAAUACCUACCGCGAUAUCAACGAGUACAACCCUCUCAACAUAACCCACCCCUUUCCUUCAGACCAUCUGGAUGCCGAAUCCCUCAGCCCGGUUGGUGACGGCAAAACGGAAUCCAUCAAUCUCAUCGUUCCACAAGACUGCUCGGGCUUCAACCUUGGUUCAUUUUUCGUAAAGCGGAGCGCUUGGACAGACAGACUUCUGGACGUAUGGUGGGACCCGGUAGGGUACGAACAAAAGCACAUGGAAUGGGAACACAAAGAACAAGAUGCUCUUGAAUUUCUCUAUAUCAACCAGCCAUGGAUUCGGCCACACACGGCGUUCAUCCCUCAGCGGAAAAUCAACAGCUUCCCCCCCGGAGCCUGCUCUGACAAUGGCAACGACUCCCGCAUCCACUACAAUGAGAAGGACCGGGAUUUUGUGGUUAAUAUGGCUGGCUGUGAGUGGGGCCGCGAUUGCUGGGGCGAGAUGUACAACUACCGCGAGUUGAGUAACUAUCUCAACCGGACAUGGUGGGAACGGUUCAAGGAGGAUCUGGUCGCGGUUGUCUGGUUCAAAAUCACGGGAAAGAAGGUCAGGCUUUGA